UCUUAUUUAAUUUUUUCUUCCCCAAAGACCAAACCCUAGAACACAAAAAAUACCAUUUACCCAAAUCCAAGAAAAAAAAUCGUUUGAUUUCUUCGAUAAAUCAAUCUAAGUUGCGAUCAACAACUUCAUAAGCUGAAACAUUUCAUCAAUUUCAAGAAAAGGUUGAAUCAUAGGUCAUGAGGUUUAAAAAAGGAAGUAAAGUUGAGGUGAUGAACAGGAAGGAUUCACCUGUAUCUUGGUGUCCUGCAGAGAUCUUAUUGGGUAAUGGACAUACCUACUCUGUAAGGUAUGAUUAUUAUCCGUGUACGGAAAGUAAAGCGAGGGCUGAGAGGGUUUCGAGGAGGGACAUCAGACCAUGCCCCCUUCCAUCAGAGGGUGUGGAGAAUGGGCAAAGUGGUCAAAUUAUUGAGGUGUUUGAUGACUGUUGUUGGAAAACUGCUAUUAUUGUGAAGGCUUUGAAUAGUGACUAUUAUUUGGUACACCCAACAGGGUGUUCCGAGGAGAUUAGAGUGCACAGAUCAAACACCAGAGUGCGACAAUGUUGGCAAGACGAGAAAUGGCACUCGAUUGGAAAGGGAUCUGGAACUUGUGCGAAACCUGACCAGCUUCCUGCUGAAAGACCUUAUAAAAAGUUGAGCAUGGUCUUAAGUGCUAGGAAUGGAUUUCAUGUUAGAGAUGGAGGAGAAUUGGCUGCUCAGGGAAACUUUAAAAGGAAGAAGUGUAAUGCUAGCUCUGUGGUGUUGCUGAAGAGGGUGUCAGAUGAAUCAUCUAGAAACAUUCAGGAGGUAGUGGCAUCUGAGAGAGAUUUUAAGAGACGGAAAAUAGUUCCGGCUGCCUUGGAGGGAAAGACACAUGAUAUUGCUAGGUGGAAAGGAAAUAGGAUGGAUGAAAAGUAUGUGAGUGCUUCAUUUAAUAAUUGGUCUGAUGGAUAUUAUGGAUUGAACCCUACAAACAGAAGUGGUACCAAUGGCUAUUCCCCUGCAAGAAUUGGAGAAUCUAAUGAUUCUGAUAGUGAUGCAUGCUCUGUCGGUAGUUGUAGUAUUAAUCAUGAGAGUCCAAAUAAAAUUUCUAGUUUUUCAGCUGAAGUUCAUUGUCAAGUACCUGAUCUUCUGUGCAGUGAUGCAGAGUCCUUUCAAAGUUCAGCAGAAGAACAUGAGGAGGAAAGUGGCCGUCUUUCUUCGGAGAAGAAUGUAGCAGGAAAUAUUCGUGAGUUGGAGUUGCAUGCUUAUCGCUGCACUUUGGAGGCAUUGUAUGCUUCUGGUCCCUUGAGUUGGGAACAAGAAGCAUUACUGACAAAUCUCCGCAUCGCACUCCAUAUUUCAAAUGACGAACAUUUAACAGAGCUGAGGACUUUAAUUUCUUCCGGAACUGGGCGACAUUGGGAUGCAUGCAUCCUUUGCCUCCUAAAGUCCAAAGAUGAUGCUUGCAUUUGCAGCACCUCUCCUGGCCAUAGAGAGGACUCAUGCAACGUCUGUCUCAGAUAAGACAAUUCAUGGCUUGCUUAUUACUGUUUUACAGCUUCAUGAUUUGUUUUGUCUGGUUAACUUCAACAUCUUUAGCCUGGUUUGCUGAAGGAAGUGAAGUUAUAAGAUGUGGAAACUACUGUGUAUUAUCUUAUGAUAUAUAUCUGUAUGUUGCUAGCUAUCCGAUUGAAGUUGUGCUUAUUUUUCCCCCUUGCCAGUCAACGAACUUCCUGUGCAGACAGAGAAGUAUGUGUUGUCUUUCUAUAGAUAUUAGUUAGAAAAAUAUCUAUUUUUUGUUGGCUAGUACGGAGAGAGUUUACCUAAUUGAUGGUGGUUAAAACUAAUGCCUGUAAUGAAACUAGCAAUAUUCGUCACUUAGCAGUUGUAAGAGUUGUUGGAUUUGGUAGCCUUUGUACUAACAGGAAUUAAUCUACACUGCAUAUGCGAAAAUGUCUGCUUUUCAGCACUCCUGUAUAGUUAUGGUUCUUUGAGCUAACAACAUAUUUUAGCAUUCCUUUUGUCUGUAACAUUUGGAAAAUAUCUAGUAUAUCAAGGGUAAAAGUAAGUUUGCUGUUUCCGGAGACAGUUCCUUUGAGGGUAAAAGUAAGUUUGCUGUUUCCGGAGACAGUUACAUUUCUCUCUUUGAAGGAAGGUUUUACUUAUUAUACUUUUAUGAUGUGAAUAGUUAUUAUGAUCAAAUAUAAUGGAGAUUGUUAAUGACUAAAAGUUGCUGCUCAUCAUUUGAGCUUUCUUGAAGAGAUGUCUGCCCACUUAAAAGGGUAUGUUUGGUACGAACGGAAAUAUUUUUUGGAAAACAUUUUCAAGAAAAUAAGUUGAUUUUUAGUACUGAUGAUGAUCCUUAUAAUGUUUAAAAGAAGGCAACUUUUGGUAUUUGGUUGCCAGAAAAUAUUUUCCAGAGAAAACAAUUUUUGUGAAAAGUGGAAAAAUGACUUAUCUUCCCAUUAUCUCAACUCUUAACUUCAUGAUUCUGCUUUAACUAAUACAUAGAUGUACAUAUCAAUCCUUAAUACUCAAGUUUCAUCAAAUCACUAUCCAAUUUGCUAAUAUUCUUUAAUAAACGUCUUUCAAAAAUAUUUUCUUCUCACCAACCAAACACCGGAAGAAAUUAAGUCAUUUCUGGAAAAUAUCUUCCAAAAAAUUGACACCCAUCGUAUACCAGACACACUCUUAAUGUGAUUGUCGCGUUAUAUUAUCUAUUCUUGACAUGAUUUGUGCUUGUUUGGUCAAUGAGAAUACCAUGGCAGUUUGUCCAGGGAGGUUGAAAGUCAUGUUUCUGUCUCUGCAUGGACUGAAGAUAUAUGGUUCAUCUGGAUAAGAGAUUCUGUGGCAGGUCUACAAAGUUUUAUGGUUCUGGUGAAAUAAUUUCUUUUUUCCAUUUGGCCUAUUGUUUCCUGGUGUUGUUUCACUUGUUUGUUGCUAUCAAGUGUUUUCAGUAGCUGAUGCAGAGUUGUAAAUUCCUCCCAUUUUCUUGAUGGCUCAUACUACGUUAGCUGCUCUGCUCAUUUUCAUUUCCUUUCGGCUCAUUGGAAAGGCGCCCCCUCGGGUAGAGGUGGAACCCGGUGUUAAAUUUGAUGAGUUCGACCUUUAAAGUUACGGUCUCUGUCGUGUAAAGUUACUUUUGAGAAAAAUAAGCCAUGAAUGAAUGAGAAUAACAGGCUGAAGGAGCCUUUUUUGAUUAUAUUUUUUGUUUUUUGUUUUUGUUACAAGUGAGUCAAUUUUCAACCUGAAGGCUUUAUCUUUAUUAUAA